AUGUCAACAACAUCAGAAGACACCCAACGCUACAAACUCGUCUUCUUCACCCCACCCGCCGACCUCCCGAAAAUCAAAGAGGCAAUCUUUGCGGCUGGAGCAGGUCAAUACGGGCCCAAAUAUAGCGAAUGCUGCUUCACAACACCAGGAAUCGGACAAUUCCGGCCUUCAGCGUCAGCAAACCCUCAUAUUGGGAAGCCUGGCGAGGUGGAAGAGGUGGGCGAAGCAAGAUGUGAGACGUUGUGUGUAGGGAGGGAAGUGACCCAAGCUGUAGUGGAGGCGUUGAAGAAGGCACAUCCGUAUGAAGAGGUGGCAUAUGAAGUUUACAAGAUCGAGAACUUCUGA